AUGGAUCUUGAGAGUGUUCAAUAUACAAAUGAUGAGGCGACUGGAAAUAAGGCUUAUGCCGUUCGUCUUGGUUAUUGGGCUGAUCCCUAUAUUAAGAUCUUCUGUCCAUUGCCCGUUUCUUCCACACCGGAAAUAAGCCGAGGUUACUUCGUUCGGGUACAGACCUUUGAAGCAAUCGUUGCACGCUUCAUUCAGGAUUGCAAUAAAUCAUGCCAAAUUGUGAACUUUGGAGCUGGAUCAGAUACGCUGUAUUUUCGGUUAAAAGAUCGUGAGUCGCUUCCCAGCUCCUAUGUGGAAUUAGAUCUCCCUGGUAACGUCCGAAAGAAGAUUUUUACGCUUAGAAGAAAUACUGUUCUCAAGUCUGCUCUUGCGAGCGGUGAUUCUACCUCAGUAUUACCCUCUGGCCCUAUUGAUCGUGCCAAAUUUGGGUCAUAUCACAUUCUCAGUUUUGAUCUUCAGUCAGAUCCGGAUUCUUUGAUUAAAUUACUCUGCGAAUCUCCAGAUGGUCCCAAACUCUCUUCUGACCUUCCCACUCUUUUCCUCGCGGAAUGUGUUCUCGUGUAUAUUCCAACCAAGUUUUCGGAUUCACUUCUGUUAACUCUCUCUUCAAAAUUCACUCAGGCUGCCUUUUUGAACUAUGAACAAGUUAAUAUGAUUGACAAGUUUGGUGAGAUCAUGCGAAGUCAUUUUCGAGAUAGGUCUUGCGAAUUACCGGGUCUUGGUGCUUGUGGCUCUCUAGAUGAACAGAUAACCCGUUUUAAGAAUACCGGAUGGACAGAGGCCCGAGCUUGGACAAUUAACGAUGUUUUCAGUUCAUUGCCUCCGGAGGUAGUUAAAAGGAUCAGCCGAGUUGAAAUGUUGGACGAUACGGAGAUUACCCAACAACUUUAUGAUCACUACUGUAUCGUCUUGGCAGCUAAUACCAACUCGAUUUGCAAUUGGGAUUCCCUGAAAACACCCCUCUCUGAUUUGAAAUAA